CGAGUGCGCGCUGGGGGAAUCACCGCCUGCUGGCGGGGCGGGGCGCCUGCGCGGAUUACACAGAGGGGGACGGCUACUGCGACACGGCUGAGAGCGGUGUGGACUUUCCGGUGCUUUCAUUCUGUUCUUUGAGUGGCCUGGCAGCUCCCUGCGGAAUAUGAGGUUGUUGAAGAGAGGACGCUGCUUAGCGAAAGUAAACAGCGCUGGUGGGAAUGAGGAAGAGGAGGAGGAACGAGCUCGGCUGCCGCCGGUCAGGAAUCCCUUUGUACAUGAUAUCCGCUUCUCGGUGCUGCAGAAGGUGCAGGUCCAGGACCAUAUGCUGGACCUAGACUUCUACGGCAGUCACCAGCCUCUCCAAGCGACAUUGGAUUUUUUGCUGAAAGUGAUAAUGAGAGCUAUGUGGUUUGCGGGUGGCUUUCAUUGGAUGAGUAUAAAAGGGCGCCGUGCUUUGCCCAAAGAAGCACCUAUAAUGACAUUAGCACCACAUUCUUCAUAUUUUGAUGCAAUUCCAGUUACCAUGACCAUGGCUUCCAUUGUAAUGAAGGCAGAAAGCAAAGACAUUCCUAUAUGGGGAACAUUGAUCAAAUAUAUUCGGCCAGUCUUGGUGUCUCGCUCAGACCAGUAUUCCCGCCGGAAAACAGUCGAAGAAAUUAAGCAAAGAGCCCUGUCUAAUGGCCGGUGGCCUCAGGUAAUGAUAUUCCCAGAGGGUACAUGUACGAAUAGGUCAUGUCUGAUAACCUUCAAACCUGGUGCAUUCAUUCCUGGGGUUCCCGUGCAACCUGUGGUCUUGCGUUAUCCUAAUAAAACAGAUACAAUCACUUGGACGUGGCAAGGACCUGGAGCGUUAAAAAUCCUAUGGCUUACGUUGUGCCAGAUACACAAUGAUGUGGAAAUAGAGUUUUUGCCAGUAUAUACACCUUCUGCGGAGGAAAAGAGAAACCCUAUUUUGUAUGCAAAUAAUGUUAGAAAGGUAAUGGCAAACGCUCUUGGUGUUCCUGUGACUGACUACACAUUUGAAGAUUGUCAGCUUGUAAUGUCUGACAGCCAGCUGAAGCUACCUGUGGAUACCUGUCUACUAGAAUUUGCAAAACUUGCCAGAAAACUCGAUUUGAAGCCUGAUAAAAUUGAAAAAGAACUAGAUGAACUUGCAGAAAGUGCCAAAAAAGUGAAAGGAGGAAUGACAACUCUGGAGACUUUUGCUCAUUAUUUGAAAUUGCCAAUUUGUGAUGUAGUAACAGAUAUGUUUUUACUUUUCGCUGAGAAUGAAAAUGGAACAAUUGAUAUCAGAGAGUAUGUGAUUGCCUUAUCUGUAGUAUCAAGACCAUCUAAAAUGCAGGAAACAAUUAAGUUGGCAUUUAGGAUGUAUGAAUCAAUUGAUCAAACUAUAACAGAAGACGACCUGGCCUGCAUUCUGAAGAGUGCUUUGGGAGUAAAUAAGCUUGAUGUAUCAAACUUGUUUAAAGUUAUUGAUACUACUCAGGAGAAGAAAAUAAGCUAUAUGGACUUCUGCAAGUUUUCACAUGCGAAUCCGGAUUAUGCUGAGGAAUACCUUUACCCAGACCAGAUGACGGCUUUCACUGAUUGCAUGGAAAAGCAGCUUGCCGCUACUUCUAAUGGGUUUUGCACAGACUUUUCGCCUGAUCUCAACAACGAAGAUAAAGAUGGUACCUUGGACAAAAAGAUUAACUAACACCUUGGAUAAAAUCCUUCUCCUGGUGAGGGGGGUGGACAUUAUUUCUGUUCUUUCCUGUAUGAACUUAACUGCCAUUUUUUCUGUAUUUAUCAUUUCUCCAGUUUGAUAUGAUAUGAGUUGAGCUUGGUUUUAAAAGAAAAUGUAAAUGUCAUUGGAAGCCAAGAUUGUGAAGAUGCUCACUAUUUGUACCUAAAACUGAAGGGAACCAAGCAUCUAUUCAGAUCCAUAUUCAUGGUACAUUUUAUAGUGACUUUGCAUGUUUAAAACUUGAAGUUCAGUUGUGCUAGUGUAUUAUUUUGUGCUUUUAUCUGUUUGUAGUCCAGUUAACUGUCUGCUUAAUUUUAAUCACAGAGCUUUUGAAAAAUGGUUGUAGAAGAUGGGGUUAUGUUUCGCUGCCAGUGUUACAAUAUAACAAACACUUCUGAGGUGUGUUCUGUACUCUUAAUGAUGUGCUAAUUAGGACACUUGCCUACUUAAGAUUUAAGUGUCAUCACUGUUUCCUUCCCUUGUUGUAAUGAGUGGAGAGAGAAAAAUGAUGUGAAUUAAGUUUAGAAAACAUUGUGAGGGUUCAUCAGUGUUCAGAUUAACAUUUAAUUUUCUGAAUAUAAUUUUAACACCAGGUUAUUUCCAUUAUGGCUGAAAUUAUUUUUAAAUACUACUGUUAAUAUAUCAAUAGGUUGGAAAAUACUUGGCAAUUAUCCCAUCUAAUUCAUUUGGUUAACUUUAAGCUGUGGUUUUUAAUUGAUCUGGUAAUACAGCAUAUUCUGUCUGUAACUACUGUAAAGCAAAUUAACUUGAGAAAGUAGCGUGAAAAUAAGUAGUUUAACAGACCAAUAAGCAGAUGACUUAUGAUGGAAAUUUGUUAGCAAGAUUUUGAAUGAGAUGAUGCAUGCCAAAUGCUGAGUAGUAUUUGCAUAUUAUGAAACUAGCCUUCCUGUUUGCCAUUUGGGAAGGCAAAGUUGUUUCAUUCAAGAUCAAGAACCAUCGGUUAUGUGCUAAGCGGGAACAUUAUGUAAUGUAUUCACAUUCUGGUUCAUUUGUAUGGUUCAUCUGUAUUGAAUACUUGUCCAAUGCAGGGCUAUUUAAAACUUGAGAAAAAGGGAAUCCAGAAUGAAUGGUAAAUAUGUGAAAACUUAAAAGUAAAGUUACAAAGGAAGGGUACACAUAUAGCAGUAGUGGUGGGAUCUUGAACAUGACAAACAAAAAAACUAGAAAUUCCACAAGAGGGACUGUUUCACCACAUGGCUAUUAAACUUGAAGAUCUGAAUUAUUUAAA